AUGUGCGGAGUGUUCCUAUACGUACCUCUAACCUGCUCUGUUCCCAUUGAUCUGUCAUUUCCUCCAGAUGGGCGAUACAGAAAGCACAACACAGAGAAGUGUCUCAAUGUCUCUCCAGAUGAUGAAAUAGAAGUCGAUGACAUCACAUCCAAAGAUACGGCAAACAUCCAGACAACCCCAACUCUCCGUCCCGACCUUCCCAGUGCAGAUCUGUCAUCGGACCCUUCCACACAUGGGGAGAGCUUUCUCGAUCAAUCCCCUCCCGUCACUCGCCUUGCAGCAACUAGAGGUGGUGAGACCUUUCCGUGCUCUGUGUGUGGGAAAUGUUUUCCCAGGAGAGCAAAACUCAUUGCGCACCAGAGGACUCACACAGGGGAGAAGCCAUAUUCCUGCUCAGAGUGCAGGAAGUGUUUCACUGAAAAAUCCAACCUUGCUACGCACCAGAGGACUCACACGGCCGAGAAGCCGUUUUCCUGUCCGGAAUGCGGAAAGUCCUUUAACCAGAGAGUCCACCUUAUAUCGCACCAGAGAACUCACUCCGGAGAGAAGCCGUUUUCUUGCUCCGAGUGCGGAGAAUGUUUUUCGCGGAAAUACACUCUCAUCCGACACGAAAAGGUUCACACGGGGGAGAAGCCUUAUUCCUGUUCGGAGUGCGGGAAAUGUUUUUCCCUGAGAGCCACUCUCAUUGCCCACGAAAGGACUCACACGGGAGAGAAACCAUUUUCAUGUUCGGAGUGCGGGAAAUGUUACUCUUGGAAGGAGCUUCUGAUUAAACACCAGCGAAGCCACACCGGGGAGAAACCGUAUUCAUGUUCUGAGUGCGGAAAGUGUUUUUCUGAAAAAUCGCUUCUUGCCAAACACGAACGACUUCACACGGGGGAGAAGCCAUUUUCCUGCCCCGAAUGUGGUGAGAGCUUUACGCAGAGAGCCCAUCUGAUUCCACAUCAAAGGACACACACAGGUGAUCGGCCAUAUUUGUGUUCGGAGGAACGAGAGGCUCUGGGUUUAGGUUGUGACUGCUGA